AUGAACACGAAUGGAGAUGAAAUUGCAAUCCCUCAGCAUGUUGAACCAGAGAAGGAAAUGCAUACUUCGAAACGCGUGGCCUGUCAAGAAACUACAGCUGGCGCUGCAAAGGCAUUGGCGCAGGGAGUACAAGAUGAUACGUCCGUGGACAUCGAGCGGAUAGCUGGCGCACAGGAUCAGGCUUCUUCGGGGUCAUCUUCAUCUUCCGAAUCAGCGCAAAGCACGGACUCAUUAAGUCUUCGAGCCGUGAAUAAGGGUAGUAGAACGGGGCCUCCGACCAGUGGUGACCCCAUUGACCUCGAUAAUGAGGACCAUGAGAGUUCUCACAAAGAAUACUUCCUCAUGUGUACACCUAAACGCUCAGAUAUGGUCCUGCGGCAUGUUGAUGUGACGAGAGCACGGUGCGACUACACUUCGUAUCACAAUCUGAAUCGAGAGUACUAUAAAAAGUGGCCUCGAUGCCUGCAUUGGCUCUUUUUGAAAGAGAUAUCAUCGGUGGACUUCAUCAAGUUCCAUCUCUACUGGAAGCAGAACGUGAGCAUAGAAGAGAAAGAUAUUGGAAUUCUACCACCAAGACUUUCAGAUGAGUACUCAUACUCGGCUGAUACCAACCCACCAGUCCUGAGAACGGCGUUGCGUCAUUUCAUUCAGCAUCCAAUCAUGCCCCGAAAGCUCCCUACCAUCGUCCUCGAAUUCCGAGGAAGAUUAGAGGGAGACUUGUCCUGAUGAAAGACCAUUCGCCGAGAGAGGGUUAUGGGAUAUGUAUUCAAGAGAGGCUAUCGUGGAUAAAGGUGUUUGUUGUUGAAGCAGCC